AUGAAUUCGACGCGACGCCCGCCGUUGCGCAUAUACCAGGAUCCUCCACCCGGCCAGCCCUCCACCCAUCCAUCCACCCAACACUCGUUGGCUCAACCCAAACAACUCCAGCCAUCUCCAAUGCCUCUUCAGUACGCGCAGAAUGUGAACGCGAAUCGAAAUGUCGUGCUAGAUCCCCCGGCGAAAGACCCUCAUCCGCACUCACCAGUCAAGACUCAGCCGAAACCAAAUGCGCCUGGUUCUGGACAGGGCAAACUGGGUUACGUCCCCAUCUCAGCACCGCUUCCUGCCAAACCUCCUGCAGUCUCUCCUGCAAAGAAGCCGCAAUACUAUAUGUAUCCUACCAACCCCGUGCAACAGGCGCGACAGCCGUUGUUCACCACCUUUUCCAGCGUCCCGGACCCUCGACCACAGCUCCCAGCGAAGCCAAUCAUCCAUGAAACCUUUACGAAAGUGGCUGCUCAGGCCAAUCAAGCUCAAAAUUCUAUGAAGCGCACCCUUUCGGAUAGUACUGCUGGGAAGGAUCGUACAUCGAAGAAACAAAAACGCGAAAUCAAGUCUGUUGUUCAGCUACCCGAGCCGCACGAAUUGCCGCCUGUCGAGGACGAUGGCACAAAGCCACCGUUCAGUUACGCGAUCCUCAUCGGCAUGGCGAUCUUACGCGCGCCCAAUCGACGCUUGACGCUUGCUCAGAUUUACAAAUGGAUUUCAGACAACUUUUCAUUCUAUCAGUCUGGCGAUUCUGGCUGGCAGAACAGCAUCCGCCAUAACCUUAGUUUGAACAAGGCAUUUGUCAAACAAGAGCGCCCCAAGAAUGAUCCUGGCAAGGGCAAUUACUGGACCAUUGUACCGGGAAUGGAACUUCAGUUUCUCAAGGAACGGCCAAUCAACCGUCCACCCAUCAUGUCGACGCUUCCUCUGACCCAUGUUGCACGCAUUCCACGCCCGCAACCGCAACCUCCGUCUCAGAGAGUCGAAUUUCAACCAAGCGUUGCGAGCGUGAAACCCCCGAUGCCGCCACCGAAUCGCGCCAACCCAUCCCCCCAGGACCUUUCUUCUGAUGCAACUAUUCCGGCGUCAGAUCCAGCACUUUUAGAAGACAGCGGAGAGGAAAUCGGCUCGAAUUUGCACCCAGCAACUAUUGCUCCACGCUCAUCUCCCCUUCAAACUCUCCAUUCUUCCCCUCCUGUUCCACCUCCUGUGUUCCGACGUGAGACUACACCACCAACCCCGUCCCGCCCUUCUACUGCUACAGCUCCUGCUCCUCUUCCUGCACCUGCUGCUGUACCUGUUAGUGGACUUGGAUCACGCUCGAGGAAGCGCAAGAUGUCCCUCAUGAAUGAUAGCGGUUAUUUUUCCUCUUUGGAAUCUUCUGCUCGGAGACAGAAAACUCAACAUAUCAUGACUUCUGAGUUGGAUAUCGAGCCUCCGCGAAUCAAAGCUGGGCGCGCUGAAGAAGAGAUUGCACGGAUUCGAAGCUCCUCACAUGAUAUUAGCCCCAUGCGCUGCGCCUCCUUUAAAGAUACCAUUCACCUAUUGGGUUCAUCGCCGCUGCGCAACGAAUUUAUGCCAAUGGUAGCUCCGCCGUUGACUCCUGCAUUUAAAUUCAAGAAGCCGCUGAGACCACCACCGUCUCUUUCGCCAAAUACCAAUCUCCGCAACCAUCGCAAAAAGAUUCAGCAGAUGGUCAAUUCCCCAAUCAAACAUUUGGGUUUAGGUGAUGAUGUUCUUCCUUGGAGCCCAGCAUUCAACAUCCAAGACGAAGCCUUGAUACACGAUACUUUGACCGGUGCGCCUUUGUUCGAUAUCUUUUCAGACAAUUUCGGUCCUUCUAUCUCUACUCCAACUUUAGGUUCACCCGAAAAGCGCUCUGCAAAACGUGACCGACUCAAUGCUAGUGUGCUCGCGGAUAUCACAGCUGUGAGCGGAAACACUCGCCUCGGCACUCCACUAUCACGUCUGUCAAGGUCUAAAGCCAUGAAAUAUCAUGAAUCCCCGUGCAAACGGGCCGAUACCUAUGUGGACAACUCUCAUGAGGAUCUAUUCUCUUUCAACCUUUUCAGUGAAGACGCACCCGGAGAAGCCGACGGAAUUGAUCUUCUCCAAGGUUUUGAAAAAAUUGGAAAGUCUACCAAGGACGAACAAUCCCCCAGACAAGUUCUUGGAAAUGGGCGAAGAAACAUUGGACAAAGAUAA